AUGGGUUAUCUCAAUUCCGUUUUGUCACCUUCAACCCAGGUUCAUGCUGACGACCCACCUGUAAGCGGCGGGGGGCUCAGUCAGAAUGGAAAGUUCAGUUAUGGAUAUGCAAGCUCUCCGGGGAAAAGAUCUUCUAUGGAAGACUUUUAUGAGACAAGAAUUGAUGGUGUUGAGGGAGAAAUAGUUGGUCUCUUUGGAGUUUUUGAUGGUCAUGGGGGUGCACGUGCUGCUGAAUAUGUCAAGCAAAAUCUUUUUAGUAAUUUGAUCAGGCAUCCAAAAUUUAUCUCUGACACCAAAUCUGCAAUAGCUGAUGCAUACAGCCAUACAGACUCUGAAUUUCUGAAAUCAGAAAAUAAUCAGAAUAGAGAUGCUGGGUCAACUGCUUCCACUGCGAUCCUAGUUGGUGACCGUUUGCUUGUCGCGAAUGUUGGGGAUUCCAGAGCUGUGAUAUGCAGGGGUGGUAACGCUAUAGCUGUUUCAAGAGAUCACAAGCCAGACCAGACUGAUGAGCGGCAACGGAUUGAGGACGCAGGAGGAUUUGUAAUGUGGGCUGGAACUUGGAGAGUCGGAGGUGUUCUCGCUGUUUCUCGUGCAUUUGGUGAUAGGCUGUUGAAGCAGUAUGUCGUUGCUGAUCCUGAAAUCCAGGAGGAAAAGAUUGACAACUCUCUUGAGUUCCUUAUCCUUGCUAGUGAUGGACUCUGGGAUGUUGUCACCAAUGAGGAGGCCGUCGCAAUGAUCAAACCAAUUCAGGACCCAAAGCAGGCAGCAGAGAGGCUAAUGCAGGAAGCAUAUCAGAGAGGAAGUGCAGACAAUAUUACCUGUGUCGUGGUUCGUUUCUUGGCUAACCAAGGGGGCACCUCUCGUAGCAGUUCCGGGUAA